AUGGCCGCGACGAACAUGUUGCUGAAGCUUUCGAUGUUCUUCAAUAUCUUGUCCCGCCCGCACUUGGGACUUUGGUCAAAUCAGAAGGACGUGAAGGUGUUCCCGCCGACAUGCGACCGCAUCGAGUGCCCGAGCUUCGAUGUCGUACACGUGGGCGACGGAUAUGAGAUCCGGCGGUACAAUUCCACGGUGUGGAUAGCCACUGCUCCUAUUCCCGGCAUCUCGCUUGUCGAAGCCACACGCUCCGGCUUCAUCCAGCUAUUUGACUACAUACAAGGUAAGAACAGCUACCAGAAAAAGAUAGAGAUGACAGCACCGGUGAUCACCGAGGUCUCUCCAAGUGACGGUCCGUUUUGCGCAUCCUCGUUUGUGGUGAGCUUCUAUGUCCCGAAAGAGAACCAAGCGAACCCGCCCCCGGCGGAAGGCCUCCAUGCUCAGAGGUGGAAGCCCAGGUACAUUGCCAUCAGACAGUUCGGAGGAUUCGUCGCCGACUAUGAUGUUGCAGUGGAGGCAGCUGCCUUGGAAGCCAGCCUCAGCGGCACCACAUGGGCUAAUGCCAUCGAGAAGAGCCGUGAGAAAGAGAGCGGCACCGGCACUUCGUCAUACACGGUCGCGCAGUAUAAUUCUGAGUUCGAGUUCAAUAAUAGAGUGAAUGAGAUAUGGAUGCCAUUCGACUUGGAUGAUGCUUCCUCCGUAUGA